UUACAACUUCCUGUUUCGGGAAGCGCCGAGUUGGGUACUUGUUCGCUAUCUAGCUAGUAAGCUUGAAUGUCCAACAGGACUGCAUAAUAACCCGCGUGUCCGAAUGUGCGUACAGUGUUAAGGAGCAAAAGGUGCGACUUGCUGCAUUUAGUGAAACAAUGUCGGACAGUCUGGAUUUUCCACCAAGCGAUGAGCAGAAUUUAGAGAUCCAAGACUCUGUUACUAAUUGUUCUUCUGUUGUGAUGAUGGAGGGACAGGGGGAUAGCAUGUUUAAUGACCAACAUUUCUAUUGUGAGAUGUGUCACCAGCACUUCAUUGACCAGUGUGAGGUUCAUGGUCCACCAUUAUUCACAUGUGACUCGCCAACAGCUAUGGGCAUUCCUCAGAGAGCUCUGCUGACGCUGCCACAAGGCUUGGUUAUAGGUCGAUCGAGCAUCUGUAAUGCAGGACUUGGGGUUUUCAACCAAGGCGAGACUGUGCCUUUGGGGAUGCAUUUUGGACCUUUUGAUGGAGAGGUGACCUCUCAGGAAAAGGCAUUGGAUAGUGCCUUCUCUUGGGUAAUUUACAGAGGCAAUAAUCAAUAUACUUACAUAGAUGCAGAAAGGGACACUCACUCUAACUGGAUGAAGUUUGUGGUGUGCUCAAGGAGUGAGACGGAGCAGAAUCUUGUUGCAUUCCAGCAAAAUGGGCGUAUUCUGUUCCGUUGUUGUCACCCUAUUAGCCCAGGGCAGGAAUUUAGAGUUUGGUAUGCUGAGGAAUAUGCUCAAGGACUUGGCAUCAUCUGGGAUAAGAUCUGGGAUAAAAAAUGCAUUUCUCUAGGAACAACUGAAGAACAGGCAAGUCAGGACUGUCUGUGUCCUUAUUGCCAUUACUCCUUCCCAACCAUUUUUUAUCUGCGUGCUCAUGUGAAGCGCUCGCAUCCCGAUGAGUAUGCACACUUCAUGCAGACACAGCCGCUUGAGUCUGUAAACAUAGACCAGUGCCUUCUGGCCUCUGAUGCAGCUCCUCCAACCCAUGUGCAGCCAGUGAUAGAAAGCUGUCAGAGUCAAAUUUCAACCCUAAAUGGACAACCCAUCCAUCACUCAGAAAAGUCAGACUGCGCUGAUUUGUCUGAUGCAUGCAGUAAUGGUUUGAGUGACCAGACAAACUGUGUUACUGAGGUCUCCGGUGAAAUAAAUAAAUGUGAAUGUGGCCGUAACUUUUUGAGAUCUUGUCAUCUGAAGAGACAUCAGCGCACUAUUCACUCCAAAGAGAAGCCUUAUUGCUGCAGCCAUUGUAGGAAGUGCUUUAGUCAGGCAACAGGGCUGAAAAGACACCAACAAACCCACCAGGGGGAGGAAAAGAGAGAGAAAGAUGCUGACAGACCUUCUGAUAUAUACCCUUGCACGAAGUGCUCCUUCUCUUUUGUGGCCAAAUUCAAUUUGUAUCAACAUCUGAAACGGCAUCACCAUGGAGAGUAUCUUAGGUUAGUUGAGAGCGGCUCGCUAACAGCAGGGACUGAGGGUGAUACAGAGAAAAAUUCUGACAAGCAUGACCCAACCUAUGAACCUCCUACUCGAGGGAGGAGGCCUGUGAAGAACACUUUAAGAGGCAGGAGUUGCCCUAAAAAAGUGCCUGUUGGACGACCAAGGGGGCGACCACCUAAAAACAAGUAUGCAGCUGAAGAUGAAGUGCAGAAGAGUUUAGCUAUCUGCACAGAGUGUGAGCAAACGUUCUCUGAUUUGGAGACACUGAAAACUCACCAAUGUGCAGUACAAGAUAAUAAUAAGAUAGAGGAACCACAUGAAGCAUCAGCUUCUCAGCAUGUCUGCGGUGAGUGCCUGAAAGCUUUCAAUAAUUUUGAUCUUCUCAAAGCCCAUGAGUGCAUUCAGCAGGGAGACGGAUCUUACGGUUGCUCCCACUGCAACCUUUACUUCAACCGUAUGUGUAACCUUCGUUGUCAUGAGCGCACCAUCCACUCCAAGGAGAAGCCCUACUGCUGCACGCUGUGCCUCAAGUCCUUCACCCAGUCUUCUGGCUUGAAGCGCCACCAGCAGAGCCACUCACGCCGCAAAUCCCACCGCCAGAGCUCAGCCCUUGUUGAUGCCAGCAUCUUUCCCUGCACAUACUGCCCCUUCUCUUUCACCGAUGAGCGCUAUCUUUACAAACACAUCCGCCGUCACCAUCCAGAAAUGAGUGUAAAAUAUCUGAGUUUCCAAGAAGGGGGUGUUUUGUCUGUUGAAAAGCCUCACAGCUGCAGCCAGUGCUGCAAGAGCUUUAGCACAAUCAAGGGCUUCAAGAACCACAGCUGCUUCAAGCAGGGAGAGAAGGUGUAUCUGUGCCCAGAUUGCGGAAAGGCAUUCAGUUGGUUUAAUAGCCUCAAGCAACACCAGCGCAUCCACACAGGAGAAAAGCCUUACACAUGUCAGCAGUGCGGCAAGAGUUUUGUCCACUCCGGACAACUGAAUGUGCACCUCCGCACACACACGGGUGAAAAACCUUUCCUGUGUUCAGAGUGUGGCGAAAGCUUUAGGCAGUCGGGAGAUUUGAGGAGGCAUGAGCAGAAGCAUUCAGGCGUUCGCCCAUGCCAGUGCCCAGAUUGUGGAAAAAGCUUUAGUCGGCCACAAAGUCUCAAAGCUCACCAACAGCUUCAUAAUGGCACCAAACUUUUCCCCUGCACUCAGUGUGGAAAAAGCUUUACUCGUAGAUACCAUCUCACCCGGCAUCAUCAGAAAAUGCACUCCUGACUAAAGUAGUAAUGAUUAAACUGAUGAAUUUAUGGAUGUCAUAUGAAAAGGUUCCUGUUUUAAGUUUGUCUUUAAUUCAGAUUUAAGUUCCUUUAAGACAAAAUUAUCUAGUUAUUGAAAAGAUCCUGUUCUUGUCUAGACUGUUAGACAGGUCUGAUCUAGGCAUUUUUGUGUAUAAUGUAAUGGGGCACAAAAUUGCUGGGUGUAGUUGGUCCCCCAAAACACAGAGUCAUUAGGCUGGUUGUAAUCAAUUUGAGAAAACUUAGCUGAAGUCAAAACUUUAUUUUAUUAAUGACAAAAUGUGAAAUUGUUCAACAAUGUUCUUACGAUCAUAGUAAAAUAAUUUUGUAAAUGUAUGGGUUGCAAGAUGUUUUCUUUUAGUCAAGAAACUUCAAAGAUGGGGAAAAUGAGGGUUUUGAGAAUGAGAACUCCUGGGUUUGCAUAGAUGUGUAAAUGUUCAGGUAUUUUUUAAACGUUCAGGCGUGAUGUCCCUCUGUGCAGCAGAAAAUGCAUACAAUCAUCUAUUGUUGUGCUACGUUUUUUGUUUUUUCAUUUUAGUUGCCAUACAACUGAUCUUAGGUGCAUUUCGUAUAGUUUAUCUCCCAUUAAAUAGUAGAUAUCAAGUAAUAAACUUGCACAGAUAAUUACUUUUCACCAUGAUUUACUGUGAUUAUGAUGUUGCAAAACUUGCAACCUGAAAGAGUUUUCAUCAGUCUGGUUUGUCACUAUUACUCUUUUAAUUUUGCUUUGGUUACAAAUGGGCCUCCUAAAAGAAAAAUAUUUUGAUGCUCAUUUGUAGCGUGGUUGCUGUCAUGUGUCUUUGCCAUACUUGUAUACUAUAUAAAAUGCUAUGUGUUUGUCUAUUUUAAAUUCAUCUUUGUCAUGAUGUGCACAAACCAGGUAGAAAAAAACCCUCCACCUCUAAGCUUGACCACACCAAAGAGCUGGUUUAUCAGAAUUAUACAUGUGCAUGUGAUGUCUAAAAGUUGAGAUCCUUCUAUCUUUCUAAUAUUACAAAUGAAAUGUUAUAUAAUAUUUACAUUUGACUAAUUUUUAAUAUACAUAGUUUAAUUAUGUUCUAACAGUAUUGCAAAGGCAACACCUGGUACAUUAAUUCUACCUUGCAGUGGCUUACUGCUUUUUAUCAAUUUACUGUUCAUAGAAAAUUCCAAAAUGUGGGUCUGCUGAUUUGGUUUUAAAGAUGCCAUAAAGAUCACAUCAGUUUUUUUCUUGUGAUAAUGUAAAAUCACAUGAAUGAGGUGUUUACUAACUCUGAAGGCCUCACUGAAGUGCUUUAUGUACUGUAUGUAAGAUUUAUAUAUAAUGCCAUCUGUGUCACUGCUGCAAAAUCUCCAAAAACCCUUGGAAUUUAGAGAUUAGUGACCAUUUCAGAGAGCUAGAAGAUGCUCAUACAUUGUUGACAUGCACAUUGGUGCUAUGCAAAUUUCUGGUCGUCUUGGAAACAAUUUAACCUUCAAACACAUUUAUAAAAUAAUUAAUUGAACAAGCUUUUUCUUUCUCUGCUCAUUGGCACAAUGUUUGACUAACAAAGAGUUAUCUAAUGCACAGUAUGUAUUGCAAAUAUGAAUUUAAUCAGUUUUUUUCUGAAUUUGUACCUCAGAGGCAGUCAGAUUAAACGCUAU